GGUCCUCCCUCCUGCUUUUCACAUGAUCUGUAAUCUCUCACAGAGGAGAGACACAGGAAUGUGGAGAGCAGCGACAGCAACGAUGACCGAGCGAAGCCACGGUCCCUCCAAGAUGCGUUUAUUUUACACCGUGGCCAUCUGGGUGACAUUCGUCCACUGCACCGCUGGAAUCCCCUGGACAGAAGAAAAGCUUCAUCACCGAGCUGUCACUCUGACACAAGAGGAGAUCCGCACCGCCCUGUCCCACACUGACCUGGCGCAGAUGUGGCAGAGGGACCUGAGGCCGCUGAUGGUCACUAGGUACCCAGGCUCUACAGGCAGCCAGGCCGUGCAGGAGCAUAUCAAAACCACCCUCGGUUCCCUCGGAGCAGGCUGGGAGGUGACGGAGGAUAAGUUUGUGUCACAAACACCCUACGGCCAACUGCCCUUCACGAACAUAGUUGCCACCCUCAACUCGUCAGCCAGUCGCCGCCUGGUCCUGGCCUGUCACUACGACUCCAAGUACUACCCACCACAAUGGCACGGGAGGGAGUUCCAAGGCGCCACGGAUUCUGCCGUUCCCUGUGCCAUGAUGUUGGAGCUGGCGCGCGCUCUGGAUGAAGAACUGAAAGCUCAGAAGAGCACUACUCCUGACCUCACCCUGCAGUUGCUCUUCUUUGAUGGAGAGGAGGCUCUUUUCCAGUGGACCGCCACAGACUCCCUUUAUGGCUCUCGCCACCUGGCCCAGAUGAUGGAGACCACCCCACAUCCCGCCGGAGCCACGGACACAAACCAACUGCACGCCAUGGAUCUGUUUGUGUUGUUGGACCUGAUCGGGGCCCCCGGCCCACGCUUCUACAACCAGUUCCCCAGCACGGUGCACUGGCUCUCCAGACUGCAGAGCAUUGAGAUGCGUUUACACUCCACGAACCAGCUUGUGGAUCAUCCUAACAACGUGCAAUACUUCUGGCCCAAUCAACCUGUUGGCCACGUGCAAGAUGAUCAUAUACCAUUCCUAAACAGAGGUGUACCCAUCCUCCACCUCAUCCCCUCCCCAUUCCCGUCCGUGUGGCACACGUUUGAUGACAACGAGCAGAACCUGGAUCGCUCCACCAUUCAGAACCUCAACAAGAUCAUGCAGGUUUUUGUUCUGGAGUACCUCAACGCCAGACCCGCCAUCCCUUCAAACCCACAGAAUGCCCCAUAAAAACAAAAAAAAAACUGCAUUCCAAUUCGACAACUUUCUUUCUUUUGAUGUUUCACUGUAGUAAAGAUCUUCAGCUGUUGUUCUAAAGAAUAGACUGUAUUUAAUGCUGUUUAAACGCCAACAAAAUGUACUUGACAAUUAAGACGUGCAGUUGAGACUCAACGCUGCACAUCAAAUGGGUGCAGCUGCAGAAAACAUUUUACAGAGAGAAUAUGUAAAUUUUGUUGAAACAUGUUUUUGCCAAUGUACUUCCAUGGGCGAAAUUAAAUGUCUUUUCUUCUUAAAUGGGUUCAUAAAAGGCUUCAAGACUCUGAAGCUUAAUCAUCCCUUCAAGUCGAGUCCCCAGCAACAAGAUCGGCACACAGGGUCUUCUGUGUGUGUUUUUUUUUACCACACUGCUCUCUUUAUAUCAGCCUGAAAUGCUCCUUUACACUGUGAUGAGGCAUCUUAGUGUCAAUGCUGAUGUCUAAGAUCUGGUGCCCCAAAAAGAGAAGGAAAAUAAUAAUUGUGAGCAGUUAAAAUGCUAUGACUCCCUUUAUGUUUUUCCACUUUAAUUUACCUGGCAACAUUGAAGUAUAUGAAUGCAUUGCAAGUCCAAAAUCUGUGAUAGUUUCAUUAUGAAUUGCUGUGGGGACAACUGUAACCUCAAAAGAAAACCUUGCUUAUAGUCAUGUAAUAACAUCCAGAGUCUCUGAUCUGUCAUGUUGUGUGAUGAAUAUAUAAAAUAUGACAACCCACACUAUGCUGCCAAAACACAUGCAGCGGAGUAUAUGGCGACACACAUGAAAUGGUGACAUUUAGCUACAGGGUACGGGACGUUUCCCCUCCUGCAGGUAUAAAUCUGUUCAGAGCAAACCUGUCAGGGGCAGGAAGUGGGUUCAUUUGUAUUCUCUCUUCUACAUCUUUAGCCCUUUAGCCUUUGUUUAUGUGGCAUUAUUAGCCGCAUCUUUAAUGUAGAUCCCAGAAUAAUAUACACUGCCAAAACUGAACUUCCUUUAUUUUGAGGGUGAAAUAAAUGUUGACUCAGAAUACAAGCGAGAUCAUGCCGAGUUUGCUUAUCUUCACGGGUCUUUGUUUCACUGUUUUUGGGAGCUGUGAAUAACGAAGUUGCUCUGAUGCGUGGCCGUUGUGAUUCUCUAAGCUGACCUUUUGCAUGAGGAAGUUUGAACUAUUUCUGUAAUUCUAACCUAACACAACUAUAGGGUUACCAAUACUGAUCUUCCAGUUUCCCAGGUGCCAUCUCUUCCUCAUCCGACCAAACAACCCUUUCCAUCCCUCCGUCUCACCUCCAAUCCCAUGAUUCACUUAAUCCUAUCAGGGAGGGCCUCCCCUGAAUUCCACACCACCCAGAUCCCCUGCAAUCCAGCCCACUCCCAUGAGAACUGACCGUGGAUCUGAGUCUCCCGUUUGCUGCAGUCAGAAAUGUUUGUGAUGCCUGGCAA